AUAAAUAAAAAAUAGUUGUGAACCUCUUUGCCGUGUCUAUUCACUGUAAAAACACUUUCUAUGAGGUGACGUUCAACGGUAUCAACCUGACUCUGUGUUGAGUCGAUGGAGAAAUUGAGAAGGUUAGUAAACGACAUAGCGUAUGCUAAGAAUCUCAGUAAACUAUCUCCACUUCACCUCUCUCUUCUCCCAUUCCUUUCUAUAUCAUCUUCUCUCUACAAACUCGCUCUCUCACUUCGCCAUUCCCUUUACAAACACAACAACUUCUCCCAUUUUCAAACCCACCGGUUGCCAGUUCCUGUUAUCAGCGUCGGAAAUUUGACAUGGGGUGGCAAUGGGAAGACGCCAAUGGUUGAGUUCAUCGCUUUCUACUUUUCUCGUUCAGGAAUUUCACCUCUUGUUCUUUCUAGGGGUUAUGGUGGUGGUGAUGAAGUUAACAUGCUUCAGAGACAUUUACUUGGAACACCAACUAAGUUUGGUGUUGGCGCGAAUCGAGCUUCUGUUGCCAGUCAUUUGAUCCAAAAAUAUGGCUACAUUGAUAUUCGCAAGAGUUCAUUGUAUGAGAAACAAAACUGUUACUCGAAGGUCCAGAAUUCUCUUGACUCCGAAAAAAUUGGGGUUGUAGUUCUUGAUGAUGCAAUGCAGCAUUGGAGCUUAUGGCGAGAAUUGGAUAUUGUGAUGGUCAACGGACUAACUCUUUGGGGUAACGGUCGACUACUGCCACUUGGACCUUUAAGAGAGCCUUUGACUGCUCUCAGGCGAGCAGAUGUAGUUGUAAUCCAUCAUGCAGACUUGGUUUCUGAUGAUGUUCUUGAGGAUAUUGAGUCAAUGGUCCAAGGAAUUAAAAAGUCUGUUCCUAUUUUCUUUACAAAAAUGGACCCAACAUACUUAUUUGAGGUGGGAAACAUCAAUGCUAAAAUACCAUUGACGGUUCUUCACGAAGCUACUAUUUUAUGCGUUUCUGCUAUUGGUUCUGCAGAACCUUUUGUGAAGCGGAUUCAAGAGAUGGGAGCACUUUAUGUUGAUCGAAUAGAUUUCAGUGAUCAUCACAUAUUCGAUGCCACGGAUAUUGAUUUGAUCAAAGCCAGACUUGGAGAACUAGAGAGGAAGUUUGGUUCCAAACCAAUUGUUGUAAUAACUGAAAAGGAUUAUGAUAGGGACCCUGAGAUUCUUAAGCAACUUUAUCCAUUUAAAGUUUUUGCCCUGUGCUCUGCAUUGAAGAUUUUGCCCUAUAAAGGAAAUACAGAAGAUAUCUUUAAGAAAUUUCUGAAGGACCAAUUGAAAUUAGAAUUUCCUGCAUCAGAUUAAUCUUAGCUUGUAGAUCACAUUAGAUUGCCUUACAAAAUUGAGAAAAGGGAAUUCAAACCUGACAUAAAGUAUGUGUGAGAAAAGACAAUUUCAUGGUGAUGCCAGAUUAUUAUAUCUUUCAGAAAUGAUAUUCACAACACAAAUAUUGUCGGACACUGUAAAAUGAAGUGGUUUUAUGUUUUUCGUUGAUUUAUUCUCUCUCUUCCACUCAUGUUGGGUGUAUAUUUUUGUGUGUGUCUACAUACAACGUCGGAUUUGUGAUGCUCAAAUAACACUACUCUUUUUUCUCCUU